AUGGGCGCUGUUGACUGGUUUCGCGCGAAGGCUGAAAAUGGAAUUCAAGGGAAGCGAAAUCUUAUGAUGGCGACAAACUCUGUCGCUAAUGAACGUAAAAAAAACUCAACUCGCUUUAAUCGCUUGCGAUUACAUGGAUCAGCCAUGUUACAUGCUAAAGGCCUGCUUCAGCAGACAGUAGUAACCAAGCUGUGCCCAAUUGUGCAGCUUCGCCUGUCACCGCUGCCCUCUGAGUAUAACAACAACGUGAAGCAGACUGAGGACAAUUUUUUUCCGGAGCCUAAAGUGUUGAGUGGUCUGGACGCGAAAUGGCUCACGACUGAGGCGUCUGAGCAGUUUGCCAAGCAGGUACUGUGCAUGGUCUCAGAUUCGAAAUGCACGUUUCAGAUGACAAGCGAGGGAUGUGGUGGAGCGUACUUUUUGACAAUGGAAACGAUUUUGUCGUGCUCGAGUGAAUUGGUCGCCCCUAUUGGAAUCUUCAAGCCCAGAGAUGAAGAGUACAUGGCCCCAAAUAACCCGCGAGGAUACGUCAAGGAAAAUGCAGUGGUAGGCGUGACUGAGCAUCCGGUAAACAAAGGAUUUCGAGUGGGUAACGGAGCAUUUCGUGAACGUGCCGCCUAUUUGCUGGACAGCGCCUAUGGCAACUUUAGUGGUGUGCCUGAGACCAAUGUAAUGGUUUUGAAUGUAAAUGGUGUAGAAAAAGAAGGCUCGAUGCAGCGCUUUAUAGCUUCCCAGUGUUCGGCUGACGACAUGGGUACCCUCAACUUUGCGAUCCCUGAAGUUCACAAAAUUGGAAUUCUAGACGUCCGUCUUUUUAAUACGGACCGCCACGCCGGCAAUAUUUUACUGAAUGCACGGCCUAAUGAUCAGACAUUCGCCAUGACGCCGAUUGACCAUGGGUUUUGUCUCCCUUCCUACCAGCACCUGGACAAUGCGACUUUCGAUUGGCUGCAAUGGCCUCAAGCUGAGUUUCCGUUUACAUGUGAUGAGCUCAACCACAUCGCAUCGCUGGACGAAGCGCGCGAUGCCACUGUAUUGCGUGCUGUUGGAAUCGAGGAAGUGUGUGUCACAACAAUGCGUGUAUGUACGGGUGUAUUAAAGCGGGGUGCCGAGGCUGGCUUCUCAUUAUUUGAGAUCGGUAGUCUACUGCAGCGUGAUGGUGACUAUUCAUCGCCUUCACAGCUAGAAGUGAUCAUUAUAGAGGCACAAGCGGUCGUAGAGAAGAGCAUUUCCAAAUUGGAGGAAAGGAUGAGUAUGGCCUUUUUUGAUGCUAUCGUGGCUGAGUGUGCUCGUCGGACUAACGACUUAUUUGAGAGUUUGACAAAAAAGAAAGUGCGAAGUAUCAGUUGUUUCAGUUAA